GAUAGGCGACUAUGAACAAUGAUGCCGUGCCUAGGUCUUCCGCGCGGAUUCCCGACCGGCUCUCACCACCUGCCAUCGGACCCAACAACAACACCAACGAUGCGGAAGCAGGCACCCACGGCCGUUCUCGGUCACGGCAGCGCUCGAGGUCUAGCAAUGGCCGGCAGCAUAAGAGGAGGAGCAAGAAGAAGCAGAAUCCAGGACUAGCCAAGAAGCUUGGGUUUCUCACACAUUUGCUCAAGACACUUGAUCUUGUCAUAUUUGCCGAACUGAGCUCUAUGUAUUAUAUGGAAUGCUCGAUGCUCAAGUUCAUCCUGCGCGCCAUACCGCAAUACAUGUAUCUCUCCCCUAAAGACGAAUCCUUCGCUCUGCUCAUGCCGGCCACUCAUAUACACGUCCUUGUGAUACUAGUGCCUAAUAUACUAUGCAUGCUGUCGCAUCUCUUUGAUUCACUUCCUCUGGGGCCUGAGUAUCAUCGAGGAUAUCAACACGGGGGGUUGAUUAUCGAUUUCGUCGGGCAAAUGCCUUCCAGCUAUAGAUUAUACUAUCUAUUGUUUGAUUUGAUCAUCCUUGCCAUCCAGUCGCUGAUGCUUUCGAUACACAAUCAACGAGAGGGCUUACGAGUUGCACUCAAGACAUUCCGCCCACUUUCCAAUCGAGUUCUUGAGCCCAUCCCCGGACGCUCCCCUGAAGAUCUAGACGCAGAAGAGCGAGGAGUUUCACGGCAUGACUCGGGUGUGACGGUUAACGAGACGGACGAGAUUGAGCUGCAGCAGCUUGAUAGACAGGGCAAUGGCGAAGGGAAUGGCGAAGGCGCAGAUGAACGCUACGACCGCUCCGAGCAGCUACAGGCCGUUACCGGGGACAACUCGAACGACGAAUCACUGAGAACACAUUUAUCCGAUAUCAUGAGCUCUGGCAACGCCGUGCUUAACGAAUAUCAUGUCAUUCAUACAAUGAAAACCGCCUUGAUGAAGACUGGAGGCUCAACUGCCUUGUCUCUCCAGGCUAUUGGUUAUCGGGCAACUAUGGCGAGGAUACGGACUCGGCGUCGAGGCGCUACUCUUCGGAAUCAAAUAACUCGCCCUAGCAACUAGGGCAUGUAUGUACAUAUUAAUAUAUACCUACGGAACGGGUAAUUCAACUUUUAUCAAACCAAAGCCUCCACCGACUUGCUAUAUUUCGCUGUAAUUUUCGCCAAAUGCCAAAGCAAGAUAAGGAGACAUGGCAUCUUUUCCUAUUGAUUAAUUUAUUUAGCUUAGGCGACUUUCCUUCCCACAUUACCGACACCGGUGCCCUUGACGGAAACGAUAAUAUCCCCGCUAUCGUCUUCCUCAACGUCUCGCAGCCCCCAGCUACUUGCGCCAAACGUCUUUAGAUCUCUUGCAAGCUCAACCAAUUCCUCAGUACCAAGGAUAUCUCUGCCAAUUCUUAAUCUGCCAACAUCUUCGGAACCCAUAGCCAUCAGCGUAAGCACAGAGCCUGCUGACACAGGAGUCACGCAGCCGCCCUUUGCGAUGGUCUCCAGCAGCUGGUAGGCGCAUCUCUUUCCAAUAUCUUCCGGGACCUCUCCACCAGAAGGCAACACGACGACAUCUGCAGAGUAUAUGACACCCACAGAGCUGGAUUCUGCCACCAGACUCAGGCCAUAUCCAAUGCCCAGUCUUCGCUUGCUACCUGCUUUAUCUCCUGUAGGCACCAAUGGAGCCUGAUCGUACUGUGCCGCGAUGUGGAUGUCCGUGACGAACGGGUUUAGGAUCUCGCGGGCGGAAUGUAUCAUGCGAGCGUUAUUUGAGGCAGACACACCAGUGCAGUAAGCAACUCCUCGUAUCUUCCUUACUCGGCCGGGACUUCGGUUGAGAUGCAGCGUCUUGGGCAAGCGGACUUGGCUGGCGAAGCGGAGCUCGACGAUGCCGCCGCCGCCUUUGCCGCCAGGACCGGCGCAGGAGCGCUGCAGGACUCGGAGCUCAAUUCGUGCGGGAGGGAUGCCGAACAGUCCAAAGAGGGGGAGGAUAGCAGUACGAAACGUGUCGACCGAGACGUCGCCAGUCUCAGUGGAGGAUGUGAUGACGCCGGGGCCGGAAAACCGCACAUUCAUGUGCGCCUUUGAAAAGGGCGCCAGCAGACACAGCGGCAGCAGGAAGUAGGUGAUGCCCCUCGUGCAGGUG